AUUUCGAAGUGAAGCUUGAAGGCAACAAGUUUAAAGUUAACGAAUCAAAUUGUGCUUAAGACAUCUACAAGAGAAAAGAAUCAAAAUGAAAUUCUUCGCAGUGAUUUUGGCCGUUUUUGCAGUGAUCGGCUGCGCGCUGGCGCUUAAGGAUCCCAUCUGUGGUCAGGAGCACUCGGCCGAUGGCAACGGAUUGAUCAAGUGUGCCGCUUAUGUGCCCUCGUGGACCUUCGAUGCGGCCAAUAACAACUGUUUGAGCUACAUUUAUGGCGGCUGCGGCGGCAAUGACAAUCGUUUCCCCACGCAGGAAGCUUGCGAGCAGAAAUGCAAGGAAUAAAUGGGACAAGGAAAAGUGUGUGUCUUGUUUUAGGACACAAUUGUAGGGUCUGAUUAUAAUGUGAUAUAAUUAAAAUUUGGAAAAUAAAAGUAGCAAACAAAAUUGAAGAAAAAUAUA